AUCCAGGACAGUCAGUCGACCGAGCGACGCGGGUGGUGACGGUCGAUCGUCGGCCUUCAUUCAUCGGCUCCGCUUACCGAGCUCACAGAAAGCGAGGCAAAGGGUGGCUAGCGUCUUGGGGGAGAAAAAGAGAGAGAGAGAGGGAGAGACAAAGAGGGAGGGAGAGAGACACAGAUAGAGAGAAAGAGAGGGAGGGUUGGAUCAUGCGUACGUAGAGACAAGCGUCCUCGUAGUGGACGAUGCCGCGAAAACUCUCGCCCCAAACCACCCCACGACGACGAAGAGCGCGCAUCACGACCAGCUCGUGUCUCAGUCGACGUUGCGUCGCGUUCUCCAGCGUGAGGAGGCAGAGCAGUUGGCCGGUCCUCUCGUCGAUUACCCUCAGCGUAUCGGCAUCUUCGACGGCGAAGAACGUUCUCUUUCUCUCCCGCGAGUAACCACUCUAGGUUAGAGAAGGGAAACGCGAAGAAGAAGAGAGAGGCUGCUCCGGAAGGAUCAUCACUCUCGCCGGACAUAGCGAACGAGUGAAGCGUCCCUCUCCGGAGACAGAUCCCGAGCAUUCCAGGACAUGCGUGCGUACUCGGUGCGAAGGAUUUAAAGUCGGUAGGGCCAAUUUUGCGAGGCGUCAAUUUUGCCGCGCGCGCACGCGUCUGUCGGAAAAUCGGAGAUUCCCAAUUACGGUCACCGGACAGUCAGCGGAGACCAGCUCGUCGCGAUCGUCCCGCGAGCACAAGAAAAGAGAGGACUCUAAUUAUGACAAGAUCGCGCGUGAGUGGCGAGCGCUCGUGAACGCGAAAAGCUCGCGGCAAAGUCUCGACGGCAGAAAACGGCGACGUCGGCGUGAUAAUCGGAACAACGAGCGGUAUCACGUGUCCAUGGAUAAACAUUGGACGAAGUAAUUGAGCCGUCGACAGGCCGAAAUUAAGUGUUGCCGAAAGAACAGCCGAGCCGUGUGAAGCCGUAAGAGAGAGGUGCGCGCGAAUGAAGCCCGCGUGUCGGCCAAUUGUCUCGUUAAUGAGCGCUUAAUGAGCACCGCAUGAGCAAGCAAACGCGAAGGGAGCUAUCGAGAUGAAACUGGGAGAUAACAUGACCAUGGAAGCUUGCAACGUAUGGAGCGACGUCACGCCGCGAAAGUAUCGACCACCACGCAUCGGCGACAUUCCAAAACGCGGUGCAAUCGACGAAGAGUCACCCUCUUACGCGAAACAGCCGUCAGCGGAUGCACGAGCAGGCCCGUCGAGGGUGUCGUCGGAGGAGAGCUCCGACAGCGGCGAGAUCCAGGAGAUACGCAAGGACAGCGCGCUCUACCUCGAAGAGGCCGAAGGGCCGAACGUGAAGAAGACUGCCCGAUCGCGUCCACCGGGUAUCUUUCGGAAGGCUCGGCGGGAGAGCAGCGGCUACGCGACCAGUGUGGGUAGCUUGGACGAGGAGAGGAAGGGUAGCGUCUCGUCGACGAGCGACGCGCAGCAGCAGCAGCAGCAGCAGGACUCGCCCCAGUCCCAGUCCCCGUCCCAGUCCCAGUCCCAGUCGUUGAAGGAGAAGCGCAGGCUAAUCACGAGGAUACCCAGGGCGGAAGAGAGCCUUGGCGAGAAGGCGUCGAUCGGCACAUCGGAGAGGAUGCCGACGACAGAGAUACACAGGAAGGUGUCGAGCGCCGGCCUCGAUAUGCCCGACAUCGAGGAGGUGAAGGAGGUCCUGAGGGAAGAGACCUCACCUCGUAGUAGGGACGCGGAGACGGCGGGAGCCGACCACUUAUCAGCGCAGUCCCGGCUCCCGAGGGAGGCGGCUAAUCAGACGCUCGCUGUGAAAAGCGACGUUGCCUCCGGCGUCGUUUCUUCUUCGGCGUGCCACGACAGCCUCCCGAAGGAGUCACUCGACACCAGCAGUCUGAAGGAGGCGCUCCACCGUAUCUCCUGCGAAACGAAUCGCAGGCUGGACACGUCGGUGGUCGGUCCGGAUGACGGGAAGAUCCGGAAGGCGUCACCGGUGGGAUCCCGCAGGGAUCCACCGUGCUCCGUAGAGCAUGCAACGGCUGAGAUCGUAGAGAGGAAGGAUGAGAAGGUGGCGUGUACCAACGACGGCACUCCGCCGAGAAAUGUCGAAGCGUCCAAAGGCGAGAGGACGCCCCUCGUCGUCGCGUCGUCCUCGUCGACCUCGUCAACGUCCACUAAGACGUCGAUCAAGGUGUAUCAGCUGCUGGCGACCCAAUCGGAGGAUCGCAAUGAUGGCGAGCCGCAUCUACCAGAUCGCAGGAUAUCCCUGCAGAUCGCCGGUUCGCGAGAGGCCGAGCUGACGAGCAACAACACCGUGGCCCCGGGUGGGUUCGUGAGCAACAGAAGGUGCGAGGGCACGUCGGCCGCAGGGAGUCCUGCCACGAAGACGUUGUCAUCUGGCGAGAUCGGGCCGCACCGGUACCUCGGAGACGCCGGCAGCGUCACUGUCAGGCCCAUUUACCCUUACUGCCCGUACUCGCCCUAUGGCAGUCCUCAGGGCUCGCCUAGAAAUCGCAGGAGGCCUCUCAGGGAGAGCAGAAGGGUGUCCAUCGAUAACCGGCAAGGCGACAUUAAGCUGAAUCAGUACAAGCUGUUGGAUGACAUCGGACAGGGCACCUAUGGUCUGGUGAAACUGGUCUACAACGAGGAGGACAGCACCCAUUACGCCAUGAAGAUCUUGAGCAAGAAGAGACUGAUGAAGAAGGCGGGAAUAUUCGGUAGGAUAGUGCCCGGCAAGAAGACCGAUCCCUUGGCGAGGGUCUACAAGGAGAUCGCCCUGCUUAAGAAGGUCGAUCACCCCAACGUCGUAAAGCUGAUCGAGGUGCUCGACGACUCGGAGGAGGACCAUCUCUACUUGGUCUUCGAGCUCCAGCGGGGCGAGAUCCUGCAGAUACCCACCGACGAGCCUCUGCACGAGAAAACCGCCAGGCGGAAUUUCCGCGAUGUCGUCAUGGGUGUGGAGUACCUACAUUACCAGAGGAUAGUGCACCGCGACAUAAAGCCGAGCAAUCUGCUGGUGGACAACGACGGCCGCAUUAAAAUCGCCGAUUUGGGCGUCAGCGCGGAAUUAAGGGCGCCCGGUGAAUUAUUGUCAGGGGGCGCCGGCACCCCGGCAUUCGCGCCGCCCGAAACGACUAUUCCUAGCGCUCAAUACUCGGGACCGCCAUGCGACGUGUGGUCGAUGGGAGUGACGCUGUACUCGCUGGUGACCGGCAGACUACCCUGGAACGGCUCCGGCAGCAUCGGCAGCGUGUACGCGGCCGCUCGCUCGGAGAACCUCAAGUUCCCGGAGAAGCCGGCCGUGUCGGAUGACCUACGCGAUCUGAUUACGCGAAUGUUGAUGAAGGAACCGGCCGACAGGAUUACUCUGCCGCAGAUCAAGGAGCACGCGUGGCUGACCAAUCGAGGAGCCGAACCACUGCCGAGCGAGGCUGACAAUUGCCGCGUUCCGGUCACCGUCACCGACGAAGAGGUCGAGCGGGUUGUCACGAGGGUGCCGAAACUCGACACCCUGAUCCUCAUCAAGACUAUGCUGAAGCAGCAUAGCUUUCAGAAUCCGUUCCUGCCAAAGCGGAUCGUGAGGACGGCGGGCAACGACGCGGAAGCGGGACCAAGCGGCGGGGCAUCCUCGCAGAAACGCGAAGCGAAAGCGGAACAAUUCCACCGGGCCGGCAGGAGCAUGUCCGCGCCGGAUUCCUACGACUUGCACAUAAGCGGCAGACAAGUGUCAGUGGAGAACCCAUUGCCGCCGGUGACGGAGGCGUCGAGCCAGGAAUCGGAAGUCGAGAAGCGGUGAUCCAAUCGGCGAUAGAAAGAGUGCGCAGAGCGACCCUUUGAUCUGCGAGCGGACGUCGAGAGACGGAGAGGCCGAUUAAGAGUGAUCGUCGAUCAAGCGAGCCAACAAACGAGCGUCAGCGAGAUCGUCGAACGCGAACCAACGAAAAAUUAAUCUUCCAGAAAACGUUAGAUAUCAAUUCCACACAUCCUUGUUACUUAGAACCGCGUUAGGGCCGCAUGGCGUUGCCUACAAUUUGCAGGUAAGCUCCGCGAGUUAUUUACGUUGUGACACGCUGCGCAACGAGAUUCAUUACCGGCGAGGCUAGUAAGAACGAGAAGAGAAAGAGAGAGAGAGAGAGAGAGAGAGAGAGAGAAAGAGAAAAAAGAGAGAGAGAGAGAAAGUGAAUCGAGCAUCCAUAGAAAACUGCUCUGCUGGAUCUCGAGAUUUAUAUCGUUGAAAAAAGGGUAACAUCGCAUUCAAACGUUUCAUAUCGUGUUAUCGUACAACUUAUAUAGAAUAGACUGCACUUUUAUGGGGCAAGGCUGAUGACAAGGCUGUGAGACAGAGAAAUAUGCUAAGUCAAAAUGCUUUGUCUGUUCAAUUUUUUUUAUAUCUCUCUUCGUUUCUAUGAUAAUCGCUUUGGCUUUGGAAUUUAAAAACUGAUUUUUUUCAAAGGGGUGUUUCACUCCUAAAACUAUUUUCUCACACCAACAAAAAUAAUCUCAUUAUCAGAAUCUACUACUCUAUAAUUGUGCAAAAUUUUAUAUUUGUUUGGUGAUUUUUUGCGUUACUGUAUGUUCCUUAAGUUAAAUGCUCUCUCUCUCUCUGUCAAGCAGUUUUAAGAGGGGGCGAUAUUGGAAAAAGGAAAAUGAAACAUAGUGAAAGAAAGGGAGCAUUGAUCAUGUGAUAGCUUCUCUUCUUUCGUUCUCCUCAGUAACUAGACAAUUGUACAAGGAAAGCAUUUUGCUUUCUAUCGCCCUCUCUUACUAAUGCCUUCAUCUCGCCUACAGCAAUGCGCGCAGUCUAUUCUCUAUGUUUAUGACCCAUAUUAAUAGUCGUCACUUGAAACUUAUCUCAGGUGAGACAUUCUCUUAUUCUGAGUAAAAUCCAAGUUCUUUCAGUUGAAUAAUGAUAAGUGUGACAUUUAUACCUGUAGUCACGAUUCAGUCGAAAAACUUUUAUCCAACUCUGAAUUUAAACUUGAGCAUCUCACUUGAAAUUUGAGUUUCAAACGAUGACUAUUAAUACGGGUCUAAAUGUUGUCGGCGAUAGACAGUUGUCAUACCUGUGAUCGUUGUUGUUUGAUAGUGAGCUAAGAGAAUCAUGUUAUUUGACAUCAAUCUCUAUUGCACAACAGAUCGUCAUACAAAUUAGGUAACACGCGAAAUAUAAAGUUGCUGUAGCAUCUACUUUGCUAUCGAUUGGAAUUGUCCUCACGUGGUAAUGAAAUCUGGCGCAUCUGACGAAUGUAACAUUGCACUUGAUACAAAUGAAAAAAACGGAAACAUGCUUAUACAUAUCAUGUAUAUGUAGUGAUAUACAUGAAACCAAAUCCUAAAUGAAACGAAUCGACGUUCAUUUGCGCGUAAUUAAACCGAUCAUAGCGCAUUGGUUUAAUUGAGGGCAAAUGCGCCAACGAUUUACGAUCCUCCGUCACGUUUUCGCGUGAGCGGCCAGAAAUUGAGGUAAUGCCGUUUGCGUUGCCACGCCAUUCUCUCCGGGAAUGACGGCGACGGUCAAAUAUUUAUGGACGAUUUUGUUCGAUAUAGCGGUACACGACGUAGCGAGAGAAUCCAUUUUGCGACGUAAAUUACAAUUUAAUCAGAAAGUUGACGGUACGAGAGGGUAGUGCUCGUAAUAAAGUUUAUCGCGUUAAGGUCACGUGUGUAAAAUCACGGAAGAUAACGAGUCGAUAAUGCAUUUAAUGCGGUGAUCCGGUGUUAAGGCACGCCUCGCCGGCUCUUUCAUUCCAUUAAUGUCCUAAAGAAAGCGUUUGUAAAUAACUUUAAGGUUUAGCGCUGUGUAUGCCGAUCUAGCGUUCGGAGAGAAACACCGUAAAGCAAAAGAAAAAACAGACUUUAUGAUUUUCGUACGUUAUCAAAGUAGCAUAUAAAUGUCACACGAAAAAAUGUAUGAUUUACGUGGCAGUUCCCCUUUCCCUUUUUUUGAUAAAACUCGCGUUUCUCGUCACCACCCUCGAUGAGAGAGCUCGAAACAAUGUAUGUUAAAAUUCAAGGCGGGCGUUCGUUUCGCAGACGCUCGCGUGACUUAUCAAACUUCCACGCUAACUUACAAGAGUAAUAUUCUAUACAAUUCGGCAAGGCGUAAAUUAAAAAAAAAAUACGAAACUUUCCAGAAUUAUAAAGCAGACAAGUCUAAUAAGAAAACAAUUUUUUAUUGGCCCGCGCCAACUCGAAAUCGACAUUGGGGAUAAAAAAUAAAUUCAAAAUGUGAAUGGUGAUAAAUGGAGAGGGGAAUAUUUUGGAAAAUAUAAAAUUUCCGAAAAAUCUGAAAAUGUCAUAAGGUAAAGUAUUAUCAAAACUAAAAAACUUUUGUUGAAAAUGUUUUUCAUAUCUCUAGUUAGAUAAUAAGUUAGAUAAUAUUUGCUUGUGAAUAAUAUACGUAUCGGUUUUCUUUCAAGGAACUUUUUAUCCCUAAAAUCAAUUUCGAGUAUCAAAAAAUUAUUUCCUUAUAUUAGAUUUGUCUACUUUAUAAUUUUACAAAGUUUCAGAUUUCUUUCUAAUUUACGCGUUAUCAAAUGUCCCUUGUUAGACAGAAUGGUGUGAAAGCGCAAAAUAUUUCAUAUGCUCGUGGUAGUUUUUUUAACAUGACCGAAAAUAUAAAAAAAUAUGUGCAAACAAUGCAAUGAACUUUCAAUGCCGGAAUCUACCGGCGUUCCGGGAGCCAGUAAUUUCACCACAAUUUACAUGUACAUUUAAUUUACAUGUUAACGAGCAGUUACCGUAAAGUGUUUAAUUACUGAAAUGUUUAAUUACGGCUUGAGAUAAAAACAAGAAUCGGGUGUGUUUUUGAAGUCGAAUAAUCCAUUAAUAAUACCUUUGAAACGCACGCGAGAAAGGGAAACAUUGUUUUCCAAACUGAAAAUUUCAAUUUGAACAAUUUAUGAUUUUGGAAAUAUUUCCCCGAUGGAAACUGGACGAGCGAGUGGUUCUCUCCCAAACUGUAUCGGCGGAUUCAACGAUAGUGAUAAUAGAUUAACGAUCGUUCCGGGAAUGCGAAUUACUGUCGAUAUAUAGAUGUCAGACUUUUACAGUUCACUCGUCUAUUUACAAGCCGUCGCAUAGGUGUAUAUAAAUGUAAAAAGGUGUACGUAUAUUGUAUACUAAAGGUUAUUCAUUUUGUAUGUACGAUAUUCGCGUAUUUUUAAAAGUAGGCUCGCAAAAACGCGCGAAAGCCCGCGACACAACGACGCUCUUCUUAGGUUCUCGCCGUUAGAUACAACGAUGGAUGUGAACGGGGCUCGUCUCUUUAUUAUUAUUAAUAUACCUCAACGUUACGCAGCGCUCUCGCGCACGGCAAUUUAAAACUCAAUCUGAACGCUUCUCGGAAAUGCAUUUUUCCAUGUUUCCAUGAUUGGAUUUCAAUCGCGACUCUUAUUCAUGCUUAGAGUUGGAAAUCUCGCGAGUUCUCGCGAACUGAGAAUAUUUUUAUCGAGCAAUGAAACCUCUUCUUUAAUCGAGACCGUCUCUCGUUUUCUUCCAAGACCUCUGACGUUAAAGCGCGGCACAACGGGCGGCUCGUUUGAGAACUUUCGAUCUAUCCAUGCACGGGGCUUUUAAUUCACGUUGUACAACGGCAAACCAAUCGCACGACCAAGGAGAGGCAACCAAAAAGAGAGAGAGACUCGUGAUUUCGUCGGACCUUAUUGAGACACGGGGGACCACAAAACAAAUGUAUGAAUAUUUAAGAAGUAGCUUUCAGCGCUCACGAACACACGUGCACACGAGGGGCAGAUAGAUUCAGGACCCGAUUCGUCGUGUUUCGAGUCCACCGUGUGCGCGUACAUCUCGAUCUCAUUCCACGUUCGCCACGUGAAGAGACUGCGACGGAUUUGUUAGUCAAUAAGGAUAAUCGCUCUCGUUAUUGUCGAGCGCUCGCGUUCUCAUGACCUUCGUUCGAGAAGUCGCGGCGAGUCUAUGCGAACCAACGCGUCACUCCAGCCUGCGUAGACCAGGAAUAUAUGACGAGCCUUACGAGAGUGGCGAGCCGGUCGCCGCGGAGGAAAUAAGAAAAACAAAAAGAAAGGAACAAUAUACAUACACUUUCUAAUUACGCGUUUGCAUUUAUCUACUAGAUAUACUUGGCGACUCAUUAUAUAAAUAAGGUCCAUAUAUCGUGUCAUCGUCGUCGUCGUCGUCGCGUGAUUGUCGCCCCCGAUGACAACUAGUCCCCGUUCGACCUCUUCCGAGGUCAGACGGGCAUGUUGAUCAAUCAGAAUGAGCGAUGUGAGAAUCUCCAGGAAUCCUUCCAUGCGGAUCACAAGCGCAGAGACGGAGUGUCUACCGACGACGGACGCCUCGAAAUCGCGUCGUUACGUGUAAUAUCAAUUAGAGACGACAAAGCCACGUGACUUCUCCAAUAUUUCCUAGUGGAAUGCCAUCUGUGCAGUAUAAGCUUUGCAUUGCGUUAGACGAUUUGAUAUUUUUGGCGACGUGCGCCUUUGUCUAUUCGAUAGAUUUCAAUCAUUUAUAUGUCACUUUGAAACUUUUCAAUGCGCGUUUCUACUUCUUGCAAACUUUCGUCUUUUGUGACUUGAGACUUUCGAGAUACAAUCCCUUUAUAAUUAUAGUAUUGAAUUUCUGCUAAUGGUAAAACGUGAUAGGGCUCAAGGCUCUCGGUCUUUUGCCGCCGACAACGCAUGCUCAAAAUUCUCGCGCGCUAUUUUUUUAAUAAGAAAAUUUUUGCGUAAAAAAACGCUUCAAAAAUCAGCUUGGCACUACACUAAUUAAGAGACGCGCUUCGAUGCGAAACGACGAUUAGUAGACACUCCCAGAAUUGUUUUACGGGUAUACAAUUAUCGUUAUUUAAACGGUUGUAGAUACACACACAUACACACACACAAACACAGACACAUAUGCAUACACGUAUAUAUGCAUACACACGUUAGUAGGUGUGUCUUACUUCGUACUCUCUUUAUCACAAAUUGCACAAAAUAUUUUAUACCUUGUUCUAGACACGCACUAUGUUUCUAAAUCUCGCUGUAAAAAAUGAAAUACAUAUAUAUAUAUAUAUAGUACAUACGCACUAUGCCGACUAAAAACAAGUAUAGAUUACUAUCGAGCGACUUAGACGUACACGAUAAAUCCGCACUCGAUAUAUAUCGCGACCAAAAGCUCUUGUGAUGCUCAAUUGAGGCAUUGACUAGCUGAUUAGAGAGUUUGAUUUUACUCGACAAUCACUAUAUUAAAUCGCGAUCGAUAACUAUACACACACACACACACACAUAUUACUUCGAUACUUUUCUCUUACUACUCGUCGCCCUGUACUCGCGAAGUCCUUUUGUCGUCAAUUUACGAAAGUUUACUCGACUGUAGGAAUUCGUAGAAACUUUAGACUAAGAGAUUACAAUUUUUCAUCUUUUACCACUCUUUCCCUUCUCGCGCUCCCUUCUCUUUCUCUUUUUCUCUAUCUCUUAGAUUAGUUAGGCAUUUUAGUCUUAUCCCGUAUUAAACUCUCGAAAUCUCAACGGCAAGUCGUGACUUCACAGUUCUGCGUGAUCGCGCAUUUACGGCCGAAAAAUCUCAUGCGAUCUGUACUGAAUAUAUUGAUACUGAAAUAUUAGUCUUACCGUCAGAUGAGGGGAGAAAGAUUGCGACUUAAUCAAAGUAUACAUAUUUACGAGAUAAAACAAAUUGUUGAAUCUAAUACAUCGACACGGACUGCACGAUGCGAUCACAUACACACGCAGGCGUACACAUUGCAAAACUCGAAUAGCGAAAUUAGCGACAAAGCAUGCAAUUGAAAAGAAAUUCUGCACAUGUAGAUAUAAAACGAGAUUAUAACUCGUUCCAAGAAAUCUUACUAUCUGCUAUCUAUGAUGACUUCCACACGUAACUCGCUUCUAGUUACUCGCGAUCGAUUUUCCGAAGCUCGUCGUAGAGAAAAGGCAUUUUUCUCUCAUGCAUGUCUAUAACAAUUAAGUGUCGCGAUCGUCAGCGCACGUGCGACAAGUCUCUCUUAUCUUUCCACUGAUUCCACCUACCUUGUAAAACUCAAGUCGAAUGAAAACCUCUCGCAAUUUCUACUUUAAUCUAUACUUCUUGAGUGCUAUACUUUUCUUUCCGCGCAUACAAGAUGUUGCGUCAACGUACACAAAUCAGUAUAACGGGUAAAACGAUUUGCAAUACAUUUUUUAUUUCUUUUAACCGCAAAAAUGAGUGUAAUUUGUUUUGCAAACGAGUAUAUUGCCAAGUUUGAGCUAAGUCUGUGUCUGAGUAUGCACAUUUGACGACGAAGCAAACAAACAACCCGUCAUACUGACCAAUAAAUUGAUGCAACACUCUAUACAUAUAUCAGUCUUUCAUUAAACUGGUGUGGACCCUUAUAAAAAAAAUUAAACGGCCACUUCAGUUAGCCCUCCGUCAUCUAUACCCUUCUCGAUAAUAUCUCCCUCACACAACACGUUAUCGAAUCGAUGCGCAAUGAUGACCAAGCAGAGUCGUGAACAAACACAUUCUUCAAUCAUGUCUCAUGGACGACUCAUAUUUUACAUAUUGAUGCCCGUCAAGCCACGAGAAAGCUAUUCUGUCGUCCACAAGCGUAUAUCGGCAGUCUAAUCUAAUCUCGCGAGGGGUUCGACCGAAAUUUCGUUUCGAAGAAAACUACCAUCCUCCCUCUCCUUUUCCCGAUAAGUUUGUUGAAGUUAUAGUCAUAGACUUACAGAAUAGACUGCGCACUCCUAUGGGACAACUAGUGACAAGAUUGAAGGACAGAGAUGUGCGCUCAGUUAAAUGCUUUCUUUGUCAUACAGUACCCAAGAAGGAGGCGAAACAAGUGAGACACAGUGAAAAAGGAGUGGAUUUUGAUCAUGUGAUCCCCACUAACUAUAUAAUUAAACAAGGAAAGCAUCUUACUCUCUAAUGCUUUUUACUUACUAAUGCUGACUUCAUCCUCCUUACAGCAAUGCGCAGUUUAUUCCAUGUAAGAAUUCUUACAUCACGGUCUACGCUAUGUAUCUAUGAGUUACACUCUCGGUUCUGAAAUCUGUUCGCGAACACGUUCGCCACUGAUAGUGGCGGGGAAAUUUCCGCGCGCAAAGAAUUUCCCGCGAACAGAUGAUCAGAAUGCGAGUCACUCUUGUUUGACAACAUCGUCCUCAUCUUAUUCGACGACGCUUACACACAAACCGACGAACACUUCGCACCGUAAACGAUACUUACGUCUGUGAGUGUUGGAGCAUAAUGGUGACACGACGAUCCGAUCUGCCGAUUGGAUUCCCUCGAUUAAAGAAAGAAAAAAAAACGAAAAAAAAAACUCGUAGCUAGGAGAAGAGACCGUGAUCUUAUACAAAGUAAUUAAAGUUACUCGAGCGUAAUUGCAUCGUGACCGCCAAUGAUCUAGGUAAAGCGUGAAAACUUGCCCGUUGUGCGCCCGUUGGGCUUCUUAUUGUAAAUUUACACCACAUAAAAUAUAUAUACAUAUAUAUUUUA